AUGUCAGAGGCCCAUUGUCUUGAUUCCAUCGACGAGGAUAUCCUCAUUUUGAUUUUCUCUCGCCUUGGCGUACCCGAUUUGCUAUCAGUUCGACAGGCUUGCCAACGAAUCAACAAGAUAACAAGGCUACGCAUCGUGUGGUACAACGCAUGCGUGUUCAAUAUAUUGCGCCCAGGAUAUCCUUUCCCGGACGUACCCCUCGACGACCUCACCGAAUUUGAUCUCGAACGAUACACACGGCUGGCGCAUCGUCUUUCCAUAAGAUGGACCUCACGAUCCUCAUUGGGCUCCCAGUACCGUGCACAAUCACCCGCUGUAUUCGAUUCCUUCCCUUUGACUCGUGAACGAAGUUUUAAAGCGUCUACGAGCACAGAGAUCACUGCGGUACGGUUCCUGCACGGAAGAAAAGAGCGGUAUAUGCUGGCGGUUUCUAAAGGCAUCUGGUCUACAUUAUCUCUCUGGCGAAUUGAUGGACCAGGAGGGAAGAAGUCUCAAAAUGCCGUCGCACCGCAUGAAUGCACCAAAUGGUCGCCAAAAGGGGCUCUGUUCAGUAAGUUCGUUUUGAAUAAAGACGUCAAGUCCGAAGGUGUCGUCGCGCUUUCGGUUUUCAUGGCAGGCCAGCAAAAUCGUCGCCAGACCAUCGUUCUUACUUUGGAGGGGAUAGAGACGGCUGGCAGUGACAUAGAGUUCAAAGUGUUAUCGACCAUCGACACAACACUGGAACCCAUGGAGAUGCGGGGUCAUAUCAUAGCAUUUGCUGACGAGUCGUCACAGACGGUUCUAUUCAACCGGCGUACAGGCCUUAGUGGAUUGUUACAGCACGAGCAGGAGCAAGGCGUAUUUCUUCACGAUCCUUGCGUGCAAGUAGUAUUCGCGUACCACAGCGUACUCGUCGUUCGGGCACGGUCGCUUCAUCUCUUUCCCUGGCCAGAACUACUUGCCCCGGACGUUAUCCAACCAACCCAAUCUAUCGGUCAUCACACCUUCGGUUGGGUCGACGGCAUCUCAGCGGUCUUACCAGCUCAAAAAUUCAACGAGCACUCCAAUAACACGCUGGGAAACAUACCCAUUAUGAUUCUCAGCCGUACACCUAGUCACGAUCCGUGGUCUUCCGACGUGUGUACUUUGGAUUUGUACAAGCUAGAACCCAAUCCGGCUUUUAUCCCACCAACAACAAACGACGCUGCGCCUGGGUUCUGGAACGCCGUACCGGGUGCCACGUCGCCGUAUAUUUUCCCGCCUCUUCUUACAGCUCAAGCGGACUCGAGACGUGGACCCAUUCGAUGCCAGGAUAUUAUGCUGGGGAAGUAUGGGACGGCCAUGUGGCUCCACCCGCGUGAUAGCGCAACCCACGGGUUGGUGUCGUCGGAUACACACCUGCAAGAGAUCCCCCUUCAAAGUACGCCCUGGAGCGAUGAAAGGCUUGUCGCCGCUGUCCUCAGUGGGCCCCUUGAAAGCGUAGCCCGAGAUGUUAUGGGUGAUAAUGCGGGGUUAGAUGGAAGUGCUGUGCCGGGUGGUGCCAGCGCUCGGCGAGGUUCCGAGUAUGUGAGAGUUACGACGAUUGCGAGGAAUGUAGACAAUGACUGGACUGCGUUGGACUAUGAUGAAGCUAUGGGAAGGGUCGCAAUUGGGUCUAGUUUUGGGAAGCUUACAAUUAUGGAGUUACCUGCUGUUGUGGAAGUCGGUGUCGUGGAUGCCGGGCUUGGGAAGAAGAACGACUGUGGCAAGCAGCAGCCUGUGGUUUUGUGUGGGUUUGUUUCGUCACGCGCUUUCUCUUCCUCUCUCGUCCACCACCUCCCCCGACUCUUUUUCUCCUUCACCCCUUCUUCAUCGGCCGCAGCGCCUCGACGAAUGUCAGGCAGGCCUCCUCCAAGUGGUCCUCGCGCGCUGCGACCAUCAGCACAGCCGUCGUCGUCCUCAACACCGACCGUUGCACCGGCGCCUGCUGCUCAAUCCCAACACCAAGGCCCAUCCAGUUCCUUCACGGCCAGCAGAAUCGGUGCUGCUCCUCCAACAGGUCCUCGAAGUCUUUUAAAUGGGGGUGCUCCCAGCGCACCAGCCGGGUUUCGAAAAUCUAAAUAUGCGAACGGAUACAAUUCGACAUCGGCACCCGGCAUAAGUGGUCCUGGGCCAAGCACGUUGCAGCAUAGGCACAGACUCAAAUCAAGAGAACUGGAAUCAGCCCCGCUGCAAGUUAAUGGGAGCUGGCAGUCUCAGCAGUCGCAGCAGCCCAAUGAAUGGAACGAUCACGCUGAAGGGAGGCUCGUUGGGAGUACGAGUAGGGACAGGGUGGUUAUCAAUACGAAAAGUACUUUCUUGCAACGCCCUCACCCAGAUGACCCUCCACCGCCAAAAAACGACCCUCCACCCCCGCCCCCACCUCCUAUUUCGGAACCACCUCCGCCGCCCCCGCCUCAACCUGCAGAUCCACCACCGCCUCAACCUGCAGAUCCACCACCGCCUCCUCCUCCUCCAUUGCUAGCUCCGCUACCGCCUCAACCUGACGAGUCAUCUCCUCCAAGCUUAAUUACUCUUGCUCGAUCACCUCUUGCUCGCUUGCAGAAUGAUUUCCCUACGUUUCGGCCUUCGGGAAGCCAACCACCUCCGCCAGAAUCAUUGCCACCAGAAUCACCCCCACCUCCUCCUGCAGGCCCCCCGCCCCCUUUGCCAAAGUUCUCAAUCUCAAUACCGCGACGUGACAAAAGUCCGCCACCUCCGCCUCCCAGCCAUCCUCCUCCACCAGAACCUCAUGCGCCUCCACCGCCUCCUUCAGCACCUCCUACUCAACCGCCGCCACCUCCGCUUGUGUCCUUCAAACUCCCUACGCCAUUGUACGGGCAGGCGCGGACACUGACUCUCGCCUCGAGUCCUUCACCUUCACCUUCUCCACCUUCUCCCCCGCCUCCCCCAUCGUCUACGCCCCCGCCCUCAAUCACUCCUCCGCCUCCACCGCCGCCUCAGUCACCUCCACCUCCGCCACCAUUCGAUCCGCCGCCGCCGCCACCACCACCAGAUUCCCAUCCGCCGCCGCCGCCGUCUCCUCCCCUGGCUGAUCGGACACCUCAGUAUUAUCAUUCAUCAUCCUCGGAGACGCACCUUUACCGUCGUUCCCCACGGUUCCCCUCACAUCCUCCACGUAGUUCGCGAUGGGAUGGACAGCAAUCUCCACGAAGACGUUCUCCUUCACGCUCUCCUGGUCCCGUUCGACAGCCAACUCCUCCAAGAUCACCUUCCCCUCAACUAUACUCUUUGCCACCCCCCCUGCCUUGGCCUCCCGCAAAGUCCGAGCUUCCCCCACAUCGACCAUUCAAAGUUCUUUUCGACCCAGCCGUGGACAUCCAUCCUUCCCGUUACCGUAGCAUCAUCGACAACAUACGGAAGAAUGCUCCACCUGAAGUAGUUCAAGAGCGGAUAAAGAGCAAAGGGAAGGGAAAGGAUAUUUUGACGAGGUUCGAAGGUGAGAUAUUCCGACGCGAAGUAGAAGAGGCGGAAAUGGACGUAGACGGCGAGGUGCCUGAUCGCAGCAAGGAGGGGAGUGAUGUUGAGGAGAAAUCUGAGGCAGGCGCAAAGGCUCAAGUUUGGGAAGAUGAAUUAGUGCUGAGGGACCCCCGAAAACAUCAACCAGCCAAAAAAUCCACAAGACUUCGUACAGAAUUGUAUGAAGUUCAUUAUGAGUACGAUGCGAACUCGUAUGGUCCUCCACCGGCGACUUCUGUCCUUGUGGCGAAUAUCUCCCCUCUCACUUCGCAAGCCCAAAUCCGUCGCUACUUCGCUGCCCACGGCACGAUCACUGCCUUCGAGAACCAGAUCGACUCUGAGACAGGAGGAGCGCUAGGCAUCGUGUACCUACGGUACUCGACGCACGAUGAUGCGAAGAAGUGCGUAGAGAAGGAGAAUGGGAGGAGGCCGACAUCCGGAGGGGCUGGGAUGAUCAUGGCUGGGGACAACGGGGAUGAGAUUCGGGUGGUGCUUGACGGGCAGGGGUCUAAGUUGGCUGCUGUGAGGAAGGAGCUAGAAGAGAGGAAGAAGAGGGCGAAGCAGAAGGAUAGGGAGGCCAAGGGAUCAGAUAGAGAUGGCAGAGUGGAUAGAGACAGAGGCAGAGACAGUAGGGGCAUGGAUAGGGAUAGCAGAGGGGACAGAGAUGGUAGGGAUAGUGUGCGAAGUGGACGAGACAGUAUUCGACAUGGUUCGACGCCAAAUCCGGGAACCCCGAUGGGUCAUGGCCGCGAUCAACGGCGGCCUGGACAUCAACAUCACUCACAAUCGUACCAUGGCUCACAUUCGCGCACUUCUCAUGACUCUAGGCGUCCGACGCAUCCUGCUAACUCUUCAAGUCAGCCUCAACAUCUACCACCGCCCUCCAAUCAAUCCAGUCAACCCAGCGCCCCGCCUAUGCAUCAUCCUUUGCCCCCCAAGCCAGUCACUAACGGUAUCACCGACAACGACCCCCCACCUCGAUCUCUCUCCAAGAAGAUUCCAGCGGCACUCCUCAAGGCACGACAAGAGGUUGCUAAAUCGUUCACUCAGCAACCAUCGCGAGAGCGAGACCUAUCCCGCCAAGGAUCAACCUAUACGCCUUCAUCUACCUCAACGCCCGUUCACCGCGAGUGGGAUAGAGGCAGAAAUGGGACGCGCGACAAAGGACGGACGUAUGCAUCGCCUAUUCAUCAGUACGACUAUGGUUCCCCGAUGGAUCUCUCCCGUUCACCUACUCCAUCCCCUGUUCGAGGGGGCAAACGAGGAACGGCCGCUACCAAGGAAGAUGCGGAGAAGGAAAGAAUCGCCGUAGUGAACGAGCUUGCGAAGAACGGGAAGGAUCAUAUCAAGAUCUCGGGCGGCGCACAAUUGACCUCUGCCAUCAACGAUGGUGAUGUGAGAGAGUUCGUCGGCGGGUUCAAGGUUGAUCAGGUGCUGAAAGAUCGGACAGGAUGGUACGUUUCCUUCGAGACUGGAGAUGUCGCCCGACGCGCAGCCAUGGUUCUGAACAAUCGGACGAUCUCUUAUCACUCGGUCACGGUGUCCGUCCACCCUGCUCCCGCUCCCAUAGCCGUCCACGACAAGACACGAUGGAGUGAUGACGAACUAAUUGAUCAAACCAAAGCUUUGCUAAUGAAAGAGUUGUUCGGGGUGCUGGAGAAGGAUAUCCGGGAGGGUGUGGUAACAAUUGACUUGCGAAAAUUCAUGGCGUCAGAGAAGGCGAAGGGUUCCGCUGGGCCAACGGCUACGGAGGUUCGUCCUACGGAAAGGAAAGGACUCAAAGGGCUGUCUUUCAAGAAACAAAAGAAAGCCGAGGAACCGAAGCCAUUGGAAGUGCCUCUGCCUGAUAUCGUUGAUGACGAUGCCACCAUGGAUCUCGACCUUGAGCCACCACAGAAGAAGCAGAAGAAGGAGGUCAAGAAGUCGAGGAGAGUAGCAGAGGUUCCGGACAUAGAGUCAGAAGACGAGGAUGACGCUGCUCCGACGCCUACGUUGACUUCGGAUGUUGGGCUCAAGAGGCUGAUCUCGGAGACCGUCGAAGCAGAGGAGCCUGCCAAAAAGAAGCAGAAGACCGAUGUCGAUCAAAGUGUCAAAGUUAAGAAGGGCACCAAGAAGAAAGACAAGAAGCUUCCCAUCCUCGAUUCAGACGUCGAUGAAGUGGUGCUUCCUAAUAACCUCGAUUAUUCGGCUCCUCGCGUUACCCAAUUACGCAUCACUCCAGAAUCUUCUUUAUCUCCCUCCCGAUCCCCUUCCCCCGUUCGCAAGCCACUACCACCUCCAACGUUGUCCCUCGACGGCGUCCUUGAAGAUGAUGAAGACCAGUACUUCGCUCGACUCGUUCUAUUGAGAGAGCCACCGUCUGCACUAGCUCCUACCGUCGACUCAACGGAACCACCAUCUGAAGAAGGUCAACCACCGAUCCGGCGCCACGUUACGGGGUCUGCACGUACUGAAGGCUAUUACAAGAUCUCCCACGCAGAGAAGGCCGCAUAUGUUUCCCAGUAUCAAGCACGAACCAUGGCGUCCGAAGCCACUGCCCAGGUGGAAGACACGCAACCAAAGCACGUUACUUCUUCGCGUUCCAAUCGUGCUAACGCUCGUCGCAGAGCGCAAGGCCUAGAAGAAAUUAACCAAGUUCAGCAGGCUAUUGCGCUAUCCAAGGGCGAGACCACGGCAAAUGAGCUGUCUUUCAAAUUCAACCAACUGCAGACCAGAAAAAAGCAUCUCCGCUUCGCUAGGUCGCCCAUCCAUGACUGGGGUCUCUACGCUAUGGAGAAGAUUUCGAGGGGCGAGAUGGUGAUAGAGUACGUUGGUGAAGUUAUUCGCGCUCAGGUCGCGGAUAAGAGGGAGAAGGUGUAUGAGCGUCAAGGGAUCGGGAGUAGUUAUCUGUUCAGGAUCGAUGAAGAUCUGGUUGUAGAUGCCACGAAGAAAGGGAAUCUAGGGCGGUUAAUCAACCACUCUUGUGAUCCAAACUGCACGGCCAAGAUCAUCACGAUUAAUGGAGAGAAGAAGAUUGUCAUCUAUGCAAAGCAAGACAUUGAACUCGGUGAUGAAAUCACCUAUGAUUACCAUUUCCCUAUCGAGCAGGACAAAAUUCCCUGCCUCUGUGGUUCUGCCAAGUGCCGCGGUUAUCUCAAUUAG